AUGGCGGAUCAGAUUCCGAGUUCUAGGCCGCUGCAGUUUUUCGUUAGGCUACUCGACGGAAAAUCGAUAACUCUAGCUUUCUCCUCUCCGUCAGCGUAUGGCGAGCAGAUCAAGCAGCGGAUCUUCGAACAGACGAAGAUCCCGACGCAUCUACAGCGUUUGAUAUGCGGAGGAUAUCAGAUCUCCGAUGGAUCCGCAGUUUCUCAGCCCGACGCCACCGUAAAUCUCGUCCUCUCUCUCCGUGGAGGUAAAGGAGGGUUCGGGUCGCUACUUCGUGGUGCGGCGACGAAAGCUGGGCAGAAGAAGACCAACAACUUCGAUGCGUGUAGGGAUAUGAGCGGAAGGAGGUUGAGGCAUGUAAACGCGGAGAAGAGGCUCGAGGAGUGGAAGGAAGGGGAAGAAGAGAGGAAGCUGGAGAAAGUGGCGCAGGAGUUUCUGAAGAAGCAGGCGAAUAAAGUUAAACAAGGUGUUGGCAAUGGAGCUACCCAGAAGUACGUUAAAAAGUAUCAGGAAGAAUCUGAUAAGUGCAUCGAGGCGGUGGAUUUGGCCUUGAAAGAAUCAUUCCAGAAUGGGAAGAGAAAGGGGAAGAUGGUUGCAGAAUCUGAAAAGUCGAAGCGACUCAAAAUAUGGAAGGGAAAGAGAGCUGUUGGAGAUAGUGACAGUGAUGAUAGCAGCGACGAGGAAGAUGAGAAAUCUGUUGUUCUAAACAGUAGUAGUAGCCGAGUUGUUUCGGAUAAGGAUACUGAUGAAAGCUCAGGCUCUGCUAUGGAUGGAGCCCAUUAUGGUGAUAGUUCUGGUAAAGCUUCCUGCAAUAGCGGUUCAGAGGAAGAGAAAGACAGUGUAGUGCACCGAAGUUCAGAUGUUCAAGUAAUGAACGGAGAGAAGAUGGAUGAUUCGCCUGUCGCUGCUGUUGAUGCAGUGGGUCAAACUGAGAAGAAGGAGAAUUCAAGUGGAGGAGACGCAGAAAAUAAUCUAGCCGAGGCAGCUUGUGAAGCGUUAACUACGUCUGUUGAUAAGCAAGAGAAUGAUUCUGAAGUAAAGCCAGGAGGAGCUACAAGAGAAACAGUGUCCGUUGUUGAUCCACUAAACUUUGAGGACUUCAAUUCAGCAAGAGAGAUGGAGGUGAUGGGGAUGGAGAGAUUGAAGAGUGAGCUUCAGUCACGUGGACUGAAAUGUGGAGGGACAUUGCAAGAGCGAGCUGCAAGGCUGUUCCUACUCAAAGCAACACCACUCGAUAAGCUCCCAAAGAAAUUGCUGGCCAAGAGAUGA